AUGCGUCUCUCUCUCUGUCUCAUAACUUCCCUUUUCGUCAAAUCCGUGGUCUCAUCACCAUCAUCUUCAGCAUCGGCUUCUGUCGCUCGGCGUGACGAUUCCUUACAGGCAGCGGGGGAUCCAUGCUUCGACAACGAGAAAUGUGCCUCUGGCAUUUGUCUCGACUUCAUAUGCCGGCACAAAGACAUUGAGGCAAGGUGCUACAUUGAUGAUGAGUGCCAGUCCAGCGAAUGUAUGAGAGGCCAAUGUACGCCAUUGAAGAAUGGCAAAGUGUGCGCCAAGGACUAUGAUUGUGAAUCACAAUUUUGUUCCGACAGCAUCUGCUCCUCGGCUCUUGGGAAGACUUGCACUACUUCCCCAGGAAAUGAUUCUUAUGAAGACUGCCAUGGCUAUAACUGCAGUCCGGAAGGCACUUGUGUUGAGUAUAGCUAUCUGGAUGAUAGCUGCCAGGCAGACUGGCAGUGCCGCGUGGGGCAAUGCCUACAAGGAAAUUGCAAGUACCCUACAGGGACCAAAUACAGCAAAUGCUCAGGAAGCAACGAGUGCAACGAUGGUCUGAUUUGCAAAUAUGUUUUUGGAGAGAAGCAAUGUGAAUCUGGCACCGCCGGCGAGGCCGGGGCUGACUGCAAGCAUGACAACCAUUGUAAUAAAGGGCUGGAGUGCCUCACUGCCGAAGGCUCUGGUGAUACCUAUUGUGGGAAGGGACAGUGCAAGGUCAACGGUUCUUUCUGUCUGCGCGAUUCAUCUUGCUGUUCAGAGAAAGGUUGCAUCCUUGGUGUCUGUGCUGGCGCAAUCAACGGGGCUGGGAAUUAA